AAGCUGCCCUGCAGGACCACAAAAUCUAUUGUGCAUCGAUUUAAAUUAAAGAGUUAUCACGUACUCACCAAUUUCAAGUGCAUAAAGGUUUUUUUUUGUCGUUUUUGUUUCUUCAUUGGCAAAUAAAUCGAUUGUUUUCGUUUCAGUUCAUUUGUAUCAUUUAUUCUGAAAAAUUUUGCCUCCCAUUUCCGUAAUCUUUUCUCACUCUUCUGCCUUCCAACAAGAUGAUGAAAGCACUCCGCAUCAACAAGGAUGCUUCUGGCGCGUUUUCCCUGAAUGCCGUCAGCCUUCCUAUUCCGAAAUCAAAACCCGGAUCUGCGCUGGUCAAGAUUCAUGCCGCUGGUAUUAAUAACAGUGACACCAGCAACGCCAAAGGAUAUUUUCCUAAUACCACCUUCCCGCGGAUUCCCGGGCGUGACUUUGCCGGCGUCGUCGAGGAUCCUUCCUCGUCGCUCAAUGGCAAACGCGUAUUUGGCACCAGUGGUCAUAUUCUCUCUUAUACCGAAGACGGCACGCAUGCAGAAUAUUGUCUCGUCUCCGAAAAAGGAUUGACCGAGAUCCCGAAACGCCUGUCGUUUGUCCAGGCGGCAUCAAUUGGUGUUCCAUGGACUACAGCAUUGCUCACCUUAAAGCGUGCGCACACGCAGUCAAAGGAUGUCGUCGUCAUCCUCGGAGCGACUGGCGCGGUAGGAGAUGCUACCACUCAGUUGGCCCGCUCCAUUGGUUGUAAGACGAUUACCGCUUCCCGCGGCGACACCACGGAUAUCAACCUGACCUCUGACCCUACGCUCGAGAGUGUCAAGAAGUUGACCGACGGUCGUGGCGCAGACGUCAUUAUCAAUACAGUCGGCGACCCGCAAUUAAUGUCCAAUGCGCUCAAAGCGCUGGGGUUUAGAGGUCGGCUGUCUUAUAUCGCAAGCAACCCUCCAGACUCUGAGCUCACUUUUUCCUUGAAAACUGUCUAUCGCCAGGAGCAGACGAUUGUUGGCACCAACUCCCUUGCUUAUGAGCCCGAGGAAACAGCCGCCCUCUUGGCCGAAAUAGCACCUGGUUUUGAUGAUGGCAGAUACAAGAUGAAGGGAGACGAUGAGUUUACUCAAGUGAAGCUUGGUGAAGAGGUGGUGGAUGUCUACAAUAAUUUCAGAGCAGCAAAGAAACGAUUUGUUGUCGUUCCAUGAUGCUCUUGCUGAGUCUGUCGCUCAACUACCGAAACGGCUGCCAUUUUCGCAAUGUGGCCCAGAUAAUUAGAGCUUGUCAGUUUGCCAUGAUUUUUGCUUUUCUAGCCUAUUUAAAUUAUUCAUACCUCCAAGAGAAAAUAUAUUCACUAGAAUUUUAUACAAUGACUAUCCCGAUCGCAUGUUGUACCAUUU